GAAGACAAUUCUGGCUGGCUGACGGAAUGGUUCUGUUUCACCGAAGCGGUGCAGUUGUGUUGUGUGUUGCCACCCUCUCAUUCUGGUGAAAAGCGUCCCGGAGACAAGUGCGUCCGAUUUCGCCGAUAAUUAAGGGUAAUUGGCGUCUAUCCAUUUGUUAACGUUGUGUUUUGUGCAACCUACAGUAUCAGUUUUUCCAACGAAACCCCGAAUCAAGGUUCAACAACGCACCUUUCCCGCGCCGGUUAGGAACGGCUAGUCGUACGGAAUCUCACUUUUUAUCUCAUUUAUCUCAGGGUUAAAAAGUAAUCUCAUCAUCAGCGUUUGUUUUGUUUUACGUCUGUGUGUGUGUAUAUGUUUGUGAUGUAAGUUGAAUAAUUAAAAAGGCAUUACAAAAGGUGGUGUGGCGUUGUGGUGAACUCCGAGUGUCGUAUGAAGAAAGCGUAACGUAAGCAUCCCGCUUUUCCAACCCCCAAAAAAAGCAGGCCUCCAGAAUCCUGCUGGAAAUUGAUCGCAAGCGGCAGCAGAUGUUACUGCGUCGUGUACUGUCGCACUGUACGUUGUAGUGUGGUGGUAAAGGUGUGAUGUGAGUUUGUUAGUGACACGUCUCAGUAUCACAAUACACGUUCAGUAGGGUAGUUUUGGGCUGCAAUUAGCACCAUACUCUCCGGUCACCGGUGGAUAUAUUGGUACAGCACGGGGCACAGGCACAAAGGAAGUGACGUCGUGUUGCGUGUUUGUUGGUGAAAACAAGGAUAUGCACGGUGGAGCGAGGCGGUGAGCUAAGGUGCAUCGCGACGCGGUAUCUCUCGGCCUGCUGCCACCCCGAGAUUACAUCAUCUCAGUAGUAGUAGCACACACUCGCGCUCAUUUUCGCUCAGGCUCUCUCUAGGUGUGUGCACGCACACACGCCGCACACUCUCGCGCUCUAUUUAUCUUCGUCCGUCGAGGAGUCUGUGUUCGGGUUCUGGGGGUUCGCGGACCACGACCACGAUCCGAGCCGCUGUGCUGAGGGAAUAUUUUAUCCAUUGUGCAAAUAUCGCUCCAAUGGUGUGGAGUAGUAGUGUUGUGCUGUGUGCUGUCCGGUGCGAUUGCUUCGUUGCCGCGCUGUUGUGCUGUUCUGUGCUGCCGUCAGUGUCGCGUGUACCCAUCCCCACUGUGCGUGCGUUGUUAGUGUGAGUUGAACCAGCGUUGUUUCACGCACGCAUAUUGCCGGGUUAAAUCGUGCUAAAUGAAUCGUGUUCCACCGUGAAAUCGUCGCACGUGCAUGAGUGCUCCAAAAAGAAUCCAUCGAAAGUAGAGCAAACCAGCGAUCAAUAAAUAUUGUUAUCGUAUUAAGCGAACGCACACACAUUCACGAUACGCAUCAUCACACUCUGCAUUGCGCCGUAUGCUCCAGCAUCCUCCUCCUACCGUGAUACACCCAACCCCGUCGACGCCGUCGUGCCACAGUUCGUGCCGAGCAUAGAAAAGAACAAAUACGAACUUGCCACCCCACAGUCACACAUACACGCCGCACAAUGAGUGCCAGCAGCAGCCACGGACCGUCCGCUUCCGUAAGUGCCGUGUCCACGCCGAUCAAUGCCGGUACCAGGCCGGAUUCGGCGCCCGCCUUCGGAAGUUCCCACCAGGCGUCCACACCACCGAACUCGGGCGGUGGAAAAUUUCUCGACGUCAAGACCGAGGAGAAGAAAAAUCGCCGAACUUCACUGCAGAUGCUUCUGCCCAAGCUUCCAUCGAACGACAGUGCCGGCCCUAGCCCGGGACCGUCCUCGCCAGGAAUCACGGGAUGGAACGACAACAGCCCCAAGAUCGAGUCAGGAUUCCCAGACAAGAACGAUUCUGCCAAACUCAAUCGGAAGGAGUCGUACAAAGCACAACGAAAGAACUACCGGCGUGAGAAGAAGCGGGUGGCAUCGGAGCUGCUCAACUCUUUGCAAGAUCCGGCCGUCAUUGUGCUGGCCGAUUGGUUGAAGAUUCGAGGGACACUGAAAUCAUGGACGAAGCUGUGGUGCGUGCUUAAGCCGGGCCUACUGUUCAUCUACAAGAGCCCGAAAACGAAAAGCAGCCACUGGGUCGGCACGGUGCUGCUCACGUCCUGCCAGGUAAUCGAGCGGCCCAGCAAAAAGGAUGGCUUCUGCUUUAAACUGUUCCACCCGCUGGAUCAAACCAUCUGGGCACCGCGCGGCCCGGACAAGGAGACGAUGGGUGCGGUGGUGCAGCCGCUUCCUACGUCCUACCUUAUCUUUCGCGCUCCCAGCCAAGCGGCCGGCAAAUGUUGGAUGGACGCGCUGGAGCUGUCGCUGCGUUGUUCGGCGCUGCUGGUGCGUUCCGUGCCGAACAUUGACACGAAUCUGAGCGAAGGAGCCACGAGCACCACGCACGAAACGCAAUGGUCGGAGGCGGAUUACGAGAAACACUUCGACGAGCAUGCUCCGCGCCUGAAAGAACAUUUAAGCUAUCUGCUCAAGUAUCUUCCACCGUCCCCGCCGGAGAAGCAAAACCUGCGCGUAGAACCGAUAGAGAAAUCCUUGCCCCGUAGCGCUUGCCCCUCGCCGACACCGAUCUUUCAGCAGCUCUACCUGGCGGUCGCCCACUGGGAACGGUAUCUGCGAGAUUCGCCGGACUUUUUCCGCUGCCGGUCGGUUGACAUCGGUGGUCCCGUGCGUCGGCGCAUGCCCUCGUCCUCCGGCACGGUUUCACCGACCGGUGAUGACGACGAGUACGAGGAAGUGUUUCGGAGCGAGGAUGACGGGGCGAUGCUGAUGGCGGGCGGCAAGCGACGCAAUUCGUACCAGGUCGGAAGCAGCAUUGUGCCGCCAGCAUCAGCGGCGGAUGCCAGCAAACUGAUGGCGGUCAAUGGGUCCGAGAAGCUGCGUCGCCGUAGUUCGCCGGCCGAUUUCUCCAAAGGUCACGACCAUGGCAUCACUAUACGCAUCUCGGACGAUCAAUAUCUGGACAUCGACAGCCAGCUGGAUCAGGGUACGAUGGUGUCCGCGGGCGAAUCGGAUUCUGAGUCGGAUUUGGGCGAAGGCAUGGAUGUGGAAGAAUUCCCCGAAACACCUUACGUUCACUCGCCAGAGGAAGAGUUCGGUGCGGCUGGCGAGCAAGUGGAAGAGCUGCCGGAAGAGCAUAAAAGUUUAAUUUGGUUCCUGGUGAAACAGGUGCGUCCCGGGAUGGACCUUAGCAAGGUGGUGCUACCCACGUUCAUACUGGAACCUCGCUCGUUUCUGGACAAGCUGGCCGACUCGUACUACCACGCGGAUAUUCUUUCGAAAGCCGUACUUGAAGACGAUCCAUUCACGCGCAUGAAAACGGUCGUCCAGUGGUACUUGUCUGGGUUCUACAAAAAACCGAAGGGGCUGAAAAAACCGUACAAUCCCAUUCUGGGCGAAACGUUCCGGUGUUACUGGCAGCACGAGAACGGCAGCCGGACGUUCUACAUUGCCGAACAGGUGUCACAUCACCCGCCGGUAUCGGUGUUCUACGUAACGAAUCGACAGGACGGAUUUUGCAUCAGCUGUAGCAUUUUGGCCAAGUCCAAGUUCUACGGCAAUAGCACAUCGGCCAUCCUGGAGGGUGUCGCCACACUGACGCUGCUGCCGCGGGGUGAAUGUUACACGCUGACCGUGCCGUACGCACACUGCAAAGGCAUCCUCAUGGGAACGCUUUCGAUGGAGCUGGGUGGCAAGGUGUCGAUCGAGUGUGAAAACACGGGCUACAAAACGGAGCUGGAGUUUAAGCUGAAACCGUUCCUGGGCGGUAACGAGUACACGAAUCUCGUCGUCGGCAAGCUAAAGCUGGGCAAGGAAACGAUGGCCUCGAUCAACGGCCACUGGGACAGUGAGAUACGGAUAAAAGAUUCGCGCACGAACGAGGAAACGGUACUGUUCAAUCCAACGACGGACAUACGCGGCCGGCGGCUGAAACGCUUCACCGUACCGAUGGAAUCGCAAGGGAUGAACGAGUCGGAGCGCUUGUGGCAGCACGUGUCGGCUGCCAUCCAUCGUGACGAUCAGGUGGGCGCAACGGAGGAGAAAACGGCCCUGGAAGAGGCGCAGCGAAUCUCGGCCAAGGAACGGAAGGCAACCUGCACCGAGUGGGUGCCGCUACUGUUUCAGCAAGAUUUUGUCACCGGCCAGUGGCACUACAAGUUUGCGGAUUUGCGCCCCUGGGAUCCGCGGAACGAUUUGCGGCAGUACGAGAGCAAUUACCGGAUUCAAACGAAAACUCGGCACCAGGCACCGAUGGUGCGUACGGCGUCGGUCGUCAGCUCGGAUCCACUCAACAUACUGCAGGUGGAUUCGCGCGGCUCGCUGCGCAAAAAUCGCUCGGGAGCGUUAAAGGCGCGAAAAAUCUCUUCCAACACGUCGACACCGGAUCUGAACGAUCCGAACUCGGACUCUAGUCAUUCGAACGACCAUGACGCGGUACUUUCUAGCACAAGAAUCAUGCAAACGCUGGAUGACAUUAACAAAAAGCUGGAGGAACACUCCAAGAAGCUGGUCAAGCUGCAGCUGGACAUGGACAAAAUCCAUUGGGCACCGCCGCGACGGCAGCAGACGGUCGGUGCGGACGGUCCGUUGGCCAUCUUUGCGUCGCUUAACGUUAAGACGGUGGUGUUUGUUGUUAUAGGGCUGUUGCUACAGAUGUUAGUUUCAUGGUUUCUCAUAAAGCGUUCGCUUGCCGCGGCAAUCGCACCAGCGGGAGGCAGCAGGGCUGCCGAUAUGGGAGGUGGUGACGGAGGCAGUGAGGGAGCAGCAAGCAAUUAAGCAUAUGAUAUUCGGCUUCACGGUAACGAUAACGCAAGAUACACGUUAGAUUACGCUAUUUGAUACUCUUUUAUAUACAUUAAUCGGUCAUCGGUCUAGCUACGGAUCGAGUGGUAGGCUGUAGCACGAUUUGCGAUGGAGAAAGCUUUCUAUCCAAGGGUAUCCCGUUUCCUACACAAUAUACCAGGCGCCUCCAUCACCCAUUUAUAUCUCUUGUUACACAAGUUUAGACAAGCGACUUUAAUCUUUACCGUAAGCUUGAUACAGGAAAACAAAACUUUUGUAAAAUCUCUACACAAACGCGUGACAAAACACAAAGCUUUACGCAGUAGCUUUCUCUCAUCGAUCCUCCUCCCGGUAUAAAGGUUUCCCAUCCUGUAUAUUCUGUACCGAUAGCUUCACUGGCGCGCUGUACGGUAACAUUCCAUUAAAGCUUCGUUUUGCCGGGGCGGCCGUUAGCGAAGACACAGUUGCCGCUGUGUCCCGGCAGUGCCCUCUGGUGGCUAUUCACGUUUUCCGUUUCGGUCCAGCUUACACGUUACAAGUUUGCGGGUGGUAUGGUUUAAGCGUUGGAUAUACAGUAAAGGAAAACAUAAAGAGCUUAACACACACGUAAAUUAAUCAGCAAAAAAAAAAACAGGAACGCAAUGUUUUCAAAUAUCGAAAUAUCGGUUUCUAGAACGUGGUAAUCUCGAAAUACACAUAGCAGUAUACUUUAACGUGUAGUCAUCAUCGGAUUAGAAGUGUUUUUGGCGCCAAAUUGUUGAUAUCGUUAAUCUACUCUUGAUAAUACGCCUUCACUUCUCGUUUUGCUUUUGCAUCAGCGCAUACCGUACUGCACUCCUUCCCUAUCCUGUCCUUUCGCUUCGCGCGAUGUUUACUUACAUUAAUGAAUGAUUUGCCCCGUAGGUUUACUGGUGUUACAACAAGUUUUUGCAAUAAUGUACGACGAUGGUAUUAGCAAAUAGUGGGUCGGGCGGAGGGAUGUGAACCGUGCGCGGUGGUACCAUUUGCUGGCAUAAUCAUAACGUUAUUCGGUGGAAUAAAUUUGGACGAGUGGCAAUCUCUGAA